UGUAGUGUCAAAAAUUGGUCAAAAUAAAAAUGGUGUCCUGGAGUGCAUUAGGACGAUCUUUUGGGAUUAAUUUGUUGAAAAAUCAUGUGAAAACACCUUAUACCAUCCAAAAUACAACCUUUUCUACGAGCAACAUCCUUAAGGCGGGCCAUGGCAAGGUUUUCGCAAUACAGCCAUCAAGAUGGCAAUACCACAAAUUCAAGGACAUGUUGCACUUUUAUGUGAUGGUGGGAUUGAUUCCGGUAACAGCCAUAAUUUUUUACACGAAUGUGUUUAUUGGGCCAGCUCAGCUUACGCCCAUCCCAGAAGGCUGCACUCCUAAACACUGGGAGUACCACCGUCACCCUAUCACUAGAUUCAUUGCCCGUUAUAUACACAACAGCCCACAGCAGGAAUAUGAGAAAUUCUGUCAUUUUAUUGAUGAGGAAGCACAGAAGGCCAAGAUCCGUGCUUUGGAAAAGGAGAUUGUGAGGAAGAUGGCCGAACGCCACGAUUAUCAGGCAUAUUAUUACAGACCCCUACUCAACAAGUACCUCAGACUCAAUAAACAGACUGGACAAGAAAUGUAUGAUCGCAUGGGAGACAAUUAUGAGGAAUAAGCGCUAUCAAAUCUUAUGCUGUUAGUAUACAUUUAGUAAUCAAGUGAAUUGUUAAAUAUUACGAUCUUGUAGAUAAAUAAAUACUUAUGUUGUUGCACCAAUUCUUAUUUUAUUUGCACAUGGACUUGAAUUUGCUAUAAAUAUUAUUGAAGAUGUAAUGCUAUUGAGGUUGAACAAAGUGGAACUCUUCACCAUGAAAUCAUGUGUGCAGUAGCUGUAUUUCUUUUUGGUACUUUUGAAUUAUUUACCAAUGAAUUUUGAAAUAUGUUACAAUCUAACUUGCAUAACCUGUGUACACCUUAUUGAAAUGUUACUUAUGAGUUAUAUUACAUACAAAAUACAUCUGUAAACAUUCAAUGAAUAAUUAAUUUCUAUGUAAUAUUUGAAAUUUACUUCUUAUGAAACUGGUAAAAGAAUUGAAUGACUACUACAAAAUGUUUAUGGCUUGGUUUAAGGCUUUGAAAUGUAAUGCCCUGUAUUUUAUUACUAGUACUUUUAAUUUUAAAUCUACUUCAUUACUUCUGGUUGUAAUAUAAUGAAACAAUGAAUUAUGGUAACAUUGUUAUUUAUUUUACAGGAAACUUCUAACGAUUGACAAUAAAUUCCGACACAUGGAACCCUUACAAAAUUAAUGUCAACACUUAUCUAGCAAUAUGCUUAUUACGCCCUGAUAUGAUUCUACAAUUUAAUAAUUAUUAUGGUUUUUAAAUGUAUAGCCGAGGACAGAGUUAGUUAACCAAGCCAUUUUCAGAAGAAGCCAUGUUGCCGUGAUUGGUUGCUGCGUAAAUUAGACAAGAUAUCGCCAA